AUGGCAAACAUCUUCCUCAUCGCCAGUGGAUCAAGAAGAACAAGAAGAAACCCUAAAGAAAAGAGAUCAAAUACCAAUUCCAUUCCAGACAAUAACUUCUCAUGCAAGAAGCACACGAAACAUAGACAGUCUCCUGGAAUCCGUUCCUUAUGUCUCAUUGAUAGGCUCUCUAAGGUAUCACUCGAGUACUACAGCUACACUAAGAACGCAGCUGAAACGGCUUCGUCUUACUACUCAUCAACAUCAUCUUCCACAUCGGUCUCGUCUUAUUAUUCCUCUUCUUUGGUCUAUUCUUGUUCGUCUCCACUGCAAUAUCGGUACAGAGAGAAGAAAACGGAUGGGAAGACACAUAUCUUUUUGUUCAGAUUAUUGCUCGGAUCCAUCAUUUCAUAUGCAAACUUGCCGCGAACUUACAACCUCACGCAGGAGAUUCAAGAUCUAUGUCAGGGCUCCCUGUCCCUCUCAGAUUAUUUCACCAAGCUGAAGACUCUAUGGAGUAAUCUGGAGAAUUGUGAGGAAGCUGAUGAUCCGUGUACAUGUGGGAAAGCAGCUCGACUUCAACAAAAGGCUGAGCGUGCUAAGAUUGUGAAGUUUCUGGCAGUACUCAAUGAAUCAUACGCUGUGUUUCGCCGUCAGAUCAUAAUGAAAAAGACUCUGCCUUUUCUCACUGAAGUUUAUAAUAUCCUUGAUCAAGAUGACAAUCAGAAGAGCUUUGCGACUACAAUCUCACCAGCUGCAUUUCAAGUAUUUGAGACUUCGGUUUUGCCUUCAAAUAACUCGAGUGUGUGCUAUGUGCAGACUGGUGCUCACAAAUGGAAACCAAUUUGUUAUACUCCUAGAGGCAAAGCACCUGAGAAGUUUCUGAAAUCCACAUUUGUUACUCCUCAAGUGAACUUGUCUACUAAACCUGAAGCAAAGUCAUCUUCUCUUGACAACUUGAUUGGUAAUCUUUCCAAGGACCAGAUUCAACAGUUCAUUGCUUUGUUCAGUACUCAACUCGAGAACAACAAUGUCUCGGGUCAAGGCGAAGCUUCUACUUCUCAGAACACAAAUGAGAUUCAUGAACAUGCUAAACAAUUAUACAUGGGUUCUAGAGCUACACAUCGUGUUUCCCAUGAUAAAGAACUCUUUGUAUCAUUGGAUAUGAACAUCACCAGUUCUGUGAACCUCCCAGAUGGCUCUAUGAUCAAGAUCAGUGGUGUUGGAAGCAUCCAACUAAAGAAACACAUUCUACUCCGGAAUGUUCUGUUUAUUCCAGAGUUUCGCUUAAACCUCAUCAUUAUAAGCUCAUUGACAACUGAUCUUGGCUCCAGAGUUAUAAUUGAUCCCUUUACUUGUGAAAUACAGGAUCGUACUAAUGGCUCGAUGAUUGGCCAGGGUAGAAGGAUUGGGAAUCUUUAUGUGAUGGAUAUCAAAGAAGCUUUUGUGUGUGUGAAUGCAGUGGUGGAUAUUGGUACUUGGCACAACAAAAUGGGUCAUGCUUCUUACCCAAGACUCGACCUGAUAGCUCUGAUAGCUGAUAACUUGGGAACUAAGAAGCAGAAGAAUAAAGGCAACUCUUAUUGCCAUAUUUGUCACUUGGCGAAGCAGAAGAAAAUUUCAUUUCCUUCUCCAAACAACAUAUGUAAUUCAAACUUUGAGUUUUUUCAUAUUGAUGUUUGGGGACCAUUUUCGGUUGAGACAGUGGAUGGUAAUAAGUAUUUUUUGACGAUUGUGGAUGAUCAUUCCGGUGCUACUUGGGUUUAUUUACCGCGUACAAAUGACGAAGUUCUUAAGGUGUUUCCAGCGUUUUUUGCUCAAGUUGAAAAUCUGUAUAAUGUGAGAAUUAAGGCAGUUCGAUCAGACAACGCACCUGAGUUAAAAUUCUCUUCAUUAUUUCAAGAAAAGGGCAUCACAUCGUAUCACUCUUGUCCUGAGACACCAGAACAUAAUUCAGUGGUAGAACGUAAACACCAGCACCUGUUAAAUGUUGUCCAAGCCUUCAUCUUUCAAUCUCAGUUUUCACUUGAUUAUUGGGGAGACAGUAUCUUGACUGCAGUCUUUGUUAUCAACCGUACUCCCUCUCCUUUGCUUGGUAAAAAGACUCCGUUUAAGAUUCUUACUAGGAAGGUUCCUGCAUACGAUCAGAAACGACAAUUUGGUUGCUUGUGUUAUGGAUCUACAUCACCGAAAUAG